AUAGCUUAGAACUGCUGUUCGCUGUGGAAUAUUCCUCAAAUAACAAAGGAACUUCAAGAUUUGCGUCCAAGUCCACGUUUACAUUGAUGGUUGGGAUAAACCGGAAGAACAUUAAACCACUCCGAAGAUGUGUGGCGGCACAGCAAAAACCACAAACCGGCCAGGAGGCUGGCAAGAUUCGGCCAGAUGUGUGAGUGGUGUCGUCUCUGGUGCUGGGAGAAUUUACAAGGCACUUUUAUGCACAAAGAUUCGAAAAUGUGCUGGGGUUGGAAGGGGCACUGAUCACACGGAACCAGAUGACAGUUGGUCAUGUUCAGAGUUUGACUUGAGUGACAUUCGCCUGAUAGUUUACCAGGACUGUGAGAGGAGAGGCAGACAAGUGUUGUUUGACUCUAAAGCUGUUCAAAAGAUUGAAGAGAUGGCAACUCAGAAAACAGAGGAUGUCCCUGUGAAAACGUCAGCCAAGUGCUGCCAAGGAAGUAGCAGUAGCAGCGGCAGCAGCAGCAGCAGCAGCAGCAGCAGCAGCAGCAGCAGCAGCAGCGGCAUCUCUUCCCAUAGUUCUUCUGGAGGAUCUUUACAACACACCAAGGAGCAGCUUCCAAAGUACCAGUACACAAGACCAGCUUCUGAUGUCAACAUGCUAGGGGAAAUGAUGUUUGGCUCAGUCGCAAUGAGUUAUAAAGGCUCCACCUUAAAGAUACACUAUAUACGUUCUCCUCCGCAACUGAUGAUUAGUAAAGUUUUCUCUGCUAGAAUGGGCAGCUUCUGUGGAAGUACAAAUAACUUGCAAGACAGCUUUGAGUACAUCAACCAAGAUCCUCAUGCAGGAAAACCGAACACGAAUCAGCAUACUUUGGGUCCUGGUCGUGCCGGAAGUAACCUAGGUCUGCUGCAAGCAUGCAGCAGCAAACUGCUGCAGGGGGCAGCUGAAGGAGGACCUCUCCGGCUCACCCGGAGUGCUUCUUUCUUUGCAGCACACAGCACCCCAGUUGAUAUGCCAAGCAGAGGACAGAAUGAAGACAGGGACAGUGGCAUUGCUCGAUCAGCCUCACUAAGCAGCCUUUUGAUCACACCUUUCCCAUCGCCAAGCUCCUCUACAUCUUCUUCCAGCAGUUAUCAGCGCCGUUGGCUUCGAAGUCAGACGACAAGUUUAGAGAAUGGCAUCUUUCCAAGGAGGUCCACUGAUGAGACAUUUAGCUUGGCUGAAGAAACCUGUAGUUCUAAUCCAGCCAUAGUUAGGAGGAAGAAAAUUGCCAUAAGCAUCAUCUUUUCCCUGUGUGAGAAAGAAGAAGCGCAACGGAAUUUCCAGGACUUCUUUUUUUCUCAUUUCCCCCUCUUUGAAUCUCACAUGAACAGGCUAAAGAGUGCAAUUGAAAAGGCCAUGAUCUCCUGUAGGAAGAUUGCAGAGUCAAGCCUCCGUGUCCAGUUUUACAUCAGCCGUCUGAUGGAAGCUCUGGGAGAAUUCAGAGGGACUAUCUGGAAUUUAUAUUCUGUUCCAAGGAUAGCUGAACCAGUAUGGCUUACUAUGAUGUCAAACACUUUGGAAAAAAACCAGCUCUGCCAGCGCUUUCUCAAGGAGUUUACACUUCUGAUAGAACAAAUCAACAAAAAUCAGUUUUUUGCUGCCUUACUGACUGCAGUGUUAACCUACCACCUGGCUUGGGUACCAACUGUCAUGCCUGUUGAUCACCCUCCCAUUAAAGCCUUCUCAGAGAAACGUACCUCUCAAUCAGUGAACAUGCUGGCCAAAACACAUCCAUACAAUCCUCUCUGGGCACAGCUGGGUGACCUUUAUGGAGCUAUAGGCUCUCCAGUAAGACUGACUCGCACCGUGGUGGUGGGGAAGCAGAAGGAUUUGGUCCAGCGCAUUCUUUAUGUCCUGACCUACUUUCUCCGUUGCUCUGAGCUACAAGAGAACCAUCUGACCUGGUGUGGGAAUCACAGUGAAGGUGACCAAGUUAUAAAUGGGAGCAAGAUUGUAACAGCCUUGGAGAAAGGAGAGGUGGAGGAGUCCGAGUAUGUGGUCGUGACAGUGAGAAAUGAGCCUGCGCUGGUACCCCCCAUCCUACCAACAGCAAUGACUGAGAGAAGGAGCCCCGGGCCCACAGGGUUGGCUGGGACUCCAGAGGGCACUGACAUUAGAGACCUGGAUCCCAGACCUGAGAAAGAAGGAAAGAAGGGGCCAGACCAGGGAUCUGAGGCUCAUAGCAUGGGAUUCCAAGAGCCAGAAUUAGACAGUUCUUGGAAACCUCAUCCCCUUUGUGGGGAUGAAGGAAGUGAAAAAGAGGCACCAUAUGAUGUCCCUUCGAGGUUUCCCAGGUGUGCCAUUCCAGGGGCAGAAAAGAAGAUCAGCCGGCCAGCUGCCAACGAGGAGCUGAAAGAGGAGAUAACUAAGAAGCUACCUGAGCGGUCAGCAGCCUGGCCUUGCCCUUGUCCUGACAGACAUUCCCGAGAGAACUCUCCUGUAGAAAAGGUCACUUUCCAAAUUGGAAGCUCCCUAUCUCCAGAGUCUGACCUUGAAAGCCGCACCAAAAAAAUGGAGGAGCGGCUGAAGGCUUGUGGACAAUACCCAGAGGUGGCCAGUAUCUCAGCCGAGUCCAGUGUGGCUGCUGACGUGGCUGAGAGCCAGCAGGUUUCUAGGUGCUCCUUCAAGCCUGGCUUUCAAAAGAAUGCCUGCUGUCCUCAGAAUCGAUCUUCUGACGGAGAGGAAGGUGAAUCUGACAGAGGUUUUGCUGAGGACAGAGGUAUCAGACCUGACGUGGCAGCAGAUGCUGGGCAGCUCAGCCAAGCUGUUCCCACUGACAGUGCAGCGGGAACUGGAAGGAGAACACUGGAGACAGCUAGAGGUUUGUAUUUGAAAGAUGUGGAAGGACCUUCAUUAGAGCCUGCCCCCGACAGGUGUGUCCAGCAGGACUCUGGCCUCUUGGUUGCUGCAGAUGUCCCCUGUGGGGAUGCCGAUAGGAAAGCUGACUUCAGGAUCGAAGGAGACAUUCCCAGAAACGAAAGCUCGGAUAGCGCCCUUGGAGACAGUGACGAUGAAGCAUGUGCUUCAGCCACAUUGGAUCUAGAUCACAGUGGUGACAGGACUGAAGGGACCUUAGAAGUGGAGCUGCCUCUGCCAAGGUCUCAAAGCAUCAGCAACCCAAAUGUAAGAAACUUUGGCCGCUCUCUCCUGGCGGGUUACUGCCCCUCAUACAUGCCUGAUCUGGUGCUUCAUGGGACCAGCAGUGAUGAGAAGCUGAAGCAGUGCCUGGUGGCUGAUCUUAUCCAUACAGUGCAUCAUCCAGUGCUCGAUGAGCCAAUAGCUGAAGCUGUGUGUAUCAUCGCAGACACAGACAAGUGGAGUGUCCAGGUGGCCACAAGUCAGAGGAAAGUGAUGGAUAACAUGAAGCUGGGCCAGGAUGUCUUGGUCUCUAGUCAGGUGUCCAGUUUACUUCAGUCUAUCUUACAGCUUUACAAGCUUCACCUCCCUGCUGAUUUUUGCAUCAUGCAUCUUGAGGACAGACUGCAGGAGAUGUACCUUAAAAGCAAAAUGCUGUCUGAGUAUCUUCGGGGACAUACCCGAGUCCACGUGAAGGAGUUAGGUGUUGUGCUGGGGAUUGAAUCUAACGACCUGCCGCUGCUGACCGCUGUUGCCAGUACUCAUUCUCCUUACGUGGCUCAAAUACUCCUAUAAGCUGAAGCUCAGGACAGUUCUUCCUUGGAAUAAGAAAAACAAAUUCUCAACUGAAGAAGAGAGGAAUAAGCUCUCUGGGACAUCCAAAGCAUGAGAAGAGCAAACAAAUAGUCAUUCCACCGUUUGUUUUGCAUUGUUACUUUUGAGUGGAUGCUUCAUUGGAAGAGAAGACAGGUUUACUCUAAAUACUGGCAUUUGUGAUUUUCAGGAACACUUUAGGCCUUUGUUACCCAUGAAUCAAUCAGGGGAGAGAGUGGCCUUUCUGGUGGGGGAAAACAUAAGCACUACACUGAACACUCAGCAUUUGGUACUGAUUGCCUUGUGCUGUCGGGCAGAAUAAUGAUGGGUGACUUUGGAGCAGGGAGGUAACCAGUGUAUGUAACAUUCCAGUAGGAAAUGUUUCAGAGUUUAAGUCUAAGCACUGCAAGCUGUACACUAGGCUAAAGUCAGAACAAGGACUUUGAAUUCCAGGUGAGAGUUUGCUUUUUAGAAAAGAAAGGUGAAAUGACGAAAGCCAUUUUUGGCUGUAGCAGCUGUAUGCCAUAAGAUGUGAAAGAAAACUGCCUAUUGGGAAGAGAGAGAGUGCUUUGGGGACCCUCUGUUCUCAUUUCUCCUCAGAGUUUACCUUGUUUCAGAUGCAGCCACAGGUAGGUUAGAGAUGGAUUGCUGGUGCAAUACACCCAAGAGUCAAUGUAGCAUCCUGAUCCCAUCAAGAUGUAGUUUGUAGCAGCAAAGCAUAGUCUGACGCCAUAUGUUUUAUCAUUAUGAUUUAGAGUUCUCAGCCUUUUCAAGAGAGGCCAUUUACCAAAGUUAUUUCUAUAAGCUCAAGAGUGUUUCUGUGGGUGAAUUCUUCCAGCCAGAGCCACUUUCUUCCUAGAAUAGUUUAUACAAAUGACUAUUUAUACUUUUAAAGACACUGCUGUCCCCAUGAGAAAUGAAACCUGCAAUAAUUCAGGAUGGUCAGUGAAAGCAAUUAGUUUGAACAUUAAGAAAAAGGUUCAUACAUGGCCUAAAUUUUUACAUUAUCAUCUCUGCACCUCUUAAUCCCUAUGUCUUUUCAAAACAUCUUCCCAGAAAUUGACUUGACCAUUUUAUAAAACCUACCAAAGUAAAGAAUUAGUAGUCCAAUUCACUUAAAAACAACUUCAAUUGUCUGUUAAUAUUAAAGAAACUUAGUUUACUGACCAUGAAACAGUCUAAGUCCUGACAUCCAGGAUACAGUAAAACACUUCAAAAAUUUAAAAAAUGAUGGUCAAAAGACAGGAGCUAAUGUAAUAAGGCAAAACAUUGUUAGCAUUUCAGCCUUUUCUGUGAAUCUUCUGUUCCUAAGAAUAUGAGGUUUCCUCUUUUUUAUGGGUUGGAAUUAGUUCACAUUUUAUGUUUGAUAAAAUCCUGACCCUAUCCAUAAGUUCGUCUCUCAUUAUUGUCUAAUUAUUUGAGAGCGUCUACAGCUGUACCAAUGGAGGUGAAUGGCUGUACUGUUUAUUUAUUAGGAAUAGGUCAGAACUGCUACCUUCCUCUUUCUCCUUUGUGCUGUGAAAGUAGAUGGGUGCUUCAAGGUUCUGGAGAUCUUUAAUUUGCAUUUUAUGUCUUGGUUUCGCAAAAUUGAAGUUUUCCAUUUCCUUUUGCCUAACAUUGGAGUUUGGUGUUUUCAAUUCUCUGGUUCCAUGACAUCAUUGUUUGCUGUUUCGUUACGGAAGGAAAACGAACCCCACCUGUAGCUCAGCCCACUCGCACUUGCUUUUCCUUGCAUGUGAAUAAAUUGUCAAAGCUGUCAUUACAGCUCUUCCGUCUGCACCAGCUUAAAGCAUUCCCCUCUGGUUCCCUUCUCCUUGUUUACAUGUUGUGGGCACCUUGCCUCAGUCACCACCUUCCAGGGUUUCAUAGAAAAUAACCUGAUUCAAAAUCAGUUCAGUUCUGAAGUGGGCAUUGUGGCGUGCUGAAAAUCAGACCCUCACGGGGAAAAUUGAGCUUUAAGUGACUGAUUCUCAAUCCCAUACAUAAAAAAUUUAACCCAGCUCCUCAAUGCCUGCGAAAAUUCAAUUUGCCUCUUGAUCUAAUAUUCCAAAACUCACUCUUAGGAAAACACCUAUUGGGAAGCUACAAGUGGGUCACAGGUCGGGGUCGUCUCAGUGACACUCAGGAUUCCUGCCAGAGUCGAAUCCUCAUAUCUAUCGCCUACAAAAACACACCAAGAAUGUUGCUGCUCUUUUUUUUAAAGCCUCCUUUAAUAUUUAACAUGCAAGUCUUUGUCUUAAAUUCAACCUCUUCCUAGAAGCAAAAAAGGAAAAAAAAAUCUCAUGGGAUUGUGUUGAGAGACAACCGCUCGCACAUCACAGACCACCCCGUGACUUCAUUCUGUCUCAGCUGAACAGUUGGAGGGAUCCCACCUGCUCCCAUGCCCACCUCAAGAAAAAAAAAAAUAAAAAUUAAAAAAAAUAAAGAAAUCUACCUCAGUUGACAGGAUUCCAACUUUAGGGUUUCUUCAACUUUUAAGUCUUACCUGUUGAGUGUAACUUUUGUGGCAUCUUGCUUUCUCAAGCAAGCUAGUGAGGCAUGACAGAGCAGAAGUAUGUGAAUGUUACUGUGAUGGACCUCUUUCUAGCAUGUUGCAGUUUUAUUUUUAAUAAAUUGAUAAGUGAUAUGAAUGUAAAGGUAAUUGUGUAUGUUUUAAACAUGACAAUGAAAAUUUGAAAUGUAGCUUCCAUACUUGUGCAUAAUUCCAAAGUAUUUUAUUUUUAUCAGUGUUAAAUAGCUUUUUGUACAGGCUUCAAAUCCAUUUUCUGAAGUGUGCUGUUUUUUAAUGAAAGUAACUAUAAUCUUUUCACAUCCCAUGGAACUGCCGUUUACACAUUGCAACUUUUUAAACUGACCAUAUUUUUCAAAAUUAACUUUUUUGGAGGGAGGAAAUUUCCCCCUUGCUAAAUGAUACUAAACUGUUGUUUGGGCUCUUAUAAUUAGGUCCUCAGAUUUUAUAAAAAUUUAGUCUGUAGCUUUUUAGGUUCUUCACUAGAGUUGGUUGUAUAUAAAGAAUAUAAAGUGAUCCCAAAAUUCUUUUAAAUGUCUGGAUUUUUCCACUAAUAUGUACUUUGGGGAGCAUUUCAUUCUUGCAUACUUUCACCAUUAAAUUGGAAAAAAAGUCUUUAGCUUUUCUUAGUUAAUGUGAAAGAUUUGUUUUGUUUAAUUCUGCUUGGGGGGAUAUUUUAUUAUAAUUUCUGCCUAAAUCAAACAUCCCCUCUGAAUGUUAACUUUUAAAUGUCAGAAUUUGGUGAACCAUAUAUCUAGGAAGUGAGAUUACAAUAUGCUUAAAUUUGAGGCAGAUAAGGAGAAAAUUCUGGGAAUUCUUAUUGAAAGUCCAUUAAGAGAAAUUGAUAGGACUUUAUAAUUUUGAUGAGCUGAAUAGAUACCAAUGUCAAUGUGUGGAAAUUUUUUCUUAAAACUUGUUCAUGUAUUAUUUUGAUCAAUUUUUCUGUGGCAUUUGGUGCAAUAAACCUUUUGAAUUUAUCUUGAA